AUGCCACUGCUUCCAGGGCCAGUGGAGGCAGAGCACUUUGACGGACUAUCCCUGCUCUACUGGACAAUCAUGGGUCCACAUGGCAUCAACCGUGCUGUGCAAAGAUUGGAAUUCUCCGACUGCAGACAAGGACUUGGGGUGAAGAUAAUUGGAGGUUACAGAGAACAGAGUGGGGAAGAAUUUGGUAUUUUCAUUAAGCGAGUGUUACCUGGUGGAGUUGCAGCACAAGACGGACGACUUAAAGCAGGUGACCUCAUUUUAGACGUCAACAACAUGAAUUUAGCAGGCGUUACAAAUGAAAGGGCAGUGGAGAUUCUUCGCAUGGCAUCGUCGACGAAUCACAUGUCUCUUCUGAUCGCCCGUGAUGAGGAAUCCAGGAGAGAGUUUGCUGAGCUCAUGGAGAAAUAUGGCUCUAACAGCAAUACAAGCGCAGGAAUGGGCCGGAUUUCUCCUACUCUUCUCUCCACAGGUAAAUUGACUGACACUGCAUCAUCAUCAUCAUCCUCCAGAUCAACAAGCCCGCAGAUCUUGAGUCCAAAAGACUGUAGCAUGAACACAAUUACUCCACAGGUCUGCUGCAACUGCAUGAUUCAGCUGAUAUGUGUUGCAAAGGGGACAGGACUAGGCUUGGUCAUUAAAGGUGGAGCAAACCGUGCAGAAGGGCCAAUGGUGUUCAUUCAGGAGCUCAUGCCUGGAGGAGACUGCCAGAGGGAUGGAAGAUUAAAAGCAGGAGAUCAACUCGUAUCAAUCAAUAAAGAAUCCUUAAUUGGAGUUACAUAUGAGGAGGCCAAAAGCAUAUUAACCAGAACAAAGCUCAGACCUGACCCAACGGUGGAAAUAGCGUUCAUCCGAAGGAGGUCUUCCUCUGGCUCCAGCAGUGGUCCACAUAGCCCCAUUUUCCUGCAGCCCCUAUUGACUACAGGCUCCCAGCUCAGACCACUGGCCCUUGGGGGAGUAGCAGCUGUAACUAUGCCAGGAGGACUAGUGCCCAAAAUAAAUACUCCUGUCUCUGGAAGUGAGACUCUGCCUUCUGUUAAACUUACUCAGGUACGAGCAGUACCAGUGAAACCUGACCUUCAUUCAGUCACUACCACUGACAGUGUCUGCACCACAGUGGACAACUCUGAUGCCUGUAAGUUCAGCACCACGAUCACCGUCACUCAGCCGAAGGUUUCCUCACUCACGUCUAGCUGCCGAAUCAAAGUGGAGAAGCUGGAGCAGGCACUGGAGGUUUUGGGUGUAAAGCUGACUGAGUCUCAGCUCCAGAUACUGAGAGAGAGACUCCAAGUGGACCAAGGAGGAACAGUAGCCUAUGGAGAUUUUGAGACUCUGACAAAGGAAUUCUUGAAGUUGACGAACAAAUCAGGUUUGCUGCGACAGCAAACCUCCAUUCUCACUUCUGAUGAUCUGACUGACUCUUCAUCAAACCAGCAGGUAUCAACAUCUGACUCCGAUGACCUGGAUGAGAUGGAGCGAAUAAGAAAAGAUCACAUUGAAGCCUUAAGAGAAAUAAAGAGUCUGCAGGAUAGGUUGGCUGAGACUGAGUCCCUGUGUCAGGAAAUGCAGCAGGAGCUAAAUAAAGUUAAGCAGGAGGCAAAAGCGGCUGUGGAUGAGAGAAGAUCUCUGCAGACACAGUUCCAGCUGGCGGAGGCUGCGCAGAAGCAAGCACAGGGGAUAGAGAUGGACUAUGAAGAAGUCAUCCAUCUCCUGGAGGAAGAGAUAGCAGAGAUGAAGUCUCAGAGAGCAGAAAAGUCAGACCAACCCAAGGAGGAUCAGGACUUGAAGAAAAGGAUUGCUUUGCUUGAGUGUCAGCUGCGGAAAAGCGAAGUUGCAAAGAAAGGCUUUGAAAUUUCUACGGGCAAACUUCUACACUUUGUGGAGGGCAUUCAAGACUUCCUAACAGAGAAUCAAGAAUCUUUCAGGACUCAUAGUUCUGAAAGUGAGUCAAAGCUGUCUCAAACUCUGGCGACACAAAGUGGGAGGAAAAUGUCUGGAUCUGUUGCCCUAGAGGCUCAGGAGCUCAUUCACACAGUUCAAGCCAUCAUAGAGGUGGAUUGUUUACCCUAUGGUUGGGAGGAAGCAUAUACUUCAAAUGGAGCCAAAUACUACAUCAACCAUGUGACUCAGACAACAUCAUGGACCCACCCUGUGAUGAGCUCCUUGGGUCUGUGUAAACCAGAGGCAAACAAACCAAUACAGAACUCACCAGAGUCCAAUAGCUAGAACCAAUCUCAGAAAAAUAGCACUUUUUCUGACAAAACAAACAAAAAAUGACUAAAUCUUUACAUGAAGGUUAAAUUCAAUUUCCAGGUUUAUUUUACCAGUAUAAUACUGGUGUGGUGAUUUCCUGAUUGUUUUUUUUUUUUUUUGGAAGACACAGUGGUGGAGAUGCAUGUUGAUACAAUUUACACUAAGAGCAUUUGGCAACGAUUGCAUAUGUGCUGUCUUUCUAUACCAGAGCUAUCCUGAAGCUCAGAAGUGAUGCCUGAACAAUAGCAAGUGCCAGAUCUCAGCAGUGAGGCUCUUCGCAGUAUCUCUUAACACUAUUUAUAAUGCCCUACAGAUUGUAGUUAUGCUUAAUUUAAGCUUUAACAUAAAGAUUUGUGAUCUAAAUCUAUAUCUGCUUAAGCUUCUGGUCCUGCAGAAAAGGGCCAAGGUUUAAAACAUAAAAAAAACACAUACACAUAUAUUCCUGUUUAUACAGUCUUAUAACCAGACAAAUCUAUAAGAAAGUAAAGUGAUCUUAGCCAAACCCUAAUCAUUAAACCUGGAUUAAAUAUACUGUAGCUUUGACUGGCAUACACAUAGCACACAGGUACUGUAGUUUAGUUACCAUUCUGUCAAUAACAAAUCUGCAAUGAAAAGUGUUUUAAUUAUUAUUCGACUUUUCUAGAUGGCUCUUAAAAUCUGCUCCAGAGAAAUGAAACACUGUCCACAAUUCACAAUGAUGUAUUACUUUCAUAUUUCAUUCUUGUGCAGUCUGAUUUUCUCAACACAGCAAAGCAAUACUCGUCUGUUGUAAUCCUAUGUGGAGUAUAUAACUGUUAAGAGGCAUAGCACACAUGUGAACUUGCAUACAGCUGCAUGUGUGGAUCUACCCUAAGCCUUAUAUUGAUAUUUUCUGAAAAGUAUAUCUUGAAGGUUUGCUUUGCUAAGUGCUCAUUUACUUAAAGCUUUUAUUAUUUAAACAUGCUAACAACAGAUAUACAGUAGAAUUAUGUGGUCAGAUCUUUAAUUAGAUAUGUCCUCUGUUGUAUUUGGGAAUACAUUUUGAUUUUGUUGUAAUGGAAAUAAAGUACAGCAGACAACAAAAUCUGAUCAUUUCCAGUUUACUUUUUGUGCUGAGAGUAACGGGUCUAGCUAUUUCUGAGUUGGAGUGCAGCACAACUCAAUACACCAAAUGCUCAGGGCCAUGCGUAUUGAUUUUUUCCCCUCUCAUUCUCCAUGUUGUUAAAUAUAUCUGCUUCCAGGAAUUGAA